GCUUUGGUCUGUGUGAACAUUAACGAUUUCCUGUUCGAAGUCAAAAAACGCAAGACAGGAGCAGAAACUAGAAAGAGUGAAUAUUGAUGUAGUAAAAUGCACAAUAUGUGCAUUAGGUUUAACAGCGUUAGCUAGAGUGGUGUGCCAAGUUUUUCGUCUCGAAAUAUUUGCAAACGAUAAGUAGAGGGUUGUGAGUAUGCGGAUGACAGUUAAAGUCAUGAUGAAUUCAGUUGAAUCCUUGAUAAAUGUUUUAGAGUCCUACAGAGGAAGGGAUAAAGUGGUAAGUGUAUGGUUACAUACCUUAGAAGUGUACGUAUGUGUAUAUAAAUAGGCCUAUAUCUAAUGCAUAGACAGGAAAACAUCCAGUGCUGCUUAUUUAAUUUUUUAAUUGAAAAUGAAAUAAAAUUUAAUUUCUUAAAUUUCCAGAAUUUCUUAUUUGGAGUGGUAUUUGGUAUGUUCCCUUUUGUUUUAAUGUCAGCAUGCACCUGAGCUGAGCUGGCAUGGGUCCACAGACUUCUGUCUUCCAAAGAUCAUCUUGUGUACUUCAAUGAAAGCAAGGAAAUCUGCCCUUACGAACAGCAUAAUAUGGAAUUAAUAUGAUCAGAAUUCUCUGCUAUGGAUCUCAGCUGGUAGGUGGAGUUUUUUCUGCCAAGAACUCUCAGUCUUUAUUGGGGAAACGUCUUCUGCUCUUCUCUGCUCAGUUGAGUCAGUGCAGAAUCACACUCAGGCUCUUUGAUGACUUGUCUAUGCUGGCAUACUCCACAAACUAUGGGUUAGGAGCCACGGAGAAGGAUGCUUUGGUGCGGUGGAUGUCCAUUCUGAAUAAUGUAGCUGAUCAGUUGUAUUACCCCUGCGAGCACAUCGCCUGGGCAGCAGAUGCAGACCUCAUCAAAACCAAAUCUGACAAGUGGUGGGUGCUGAGCACAGUCCUCUGGGGCAUGUCACUGCUCUUGAGCAUACUCAGAUCCAUCAGACUUAUCUUGAUUCUGAAGAAGAAAGUGCAGAAGUGUCAAAGGGCAGGUUCUGCUGACAGCAGGGAGGAAGCAUUUGCUCACAAAGCUACACUCCGGAGGCAGAUCCGAGGGGAAAUCUUCAGUAUCCUAAGCAGCCUGGCAGAUCUCAGCAAUGCCAUUCACUGGAUGCCACCUGGAUUUCUUUGGGCUGGGAGGUUUCCUCCUUGGCUGGUGGGACUGAUGGGAACAACCUCCUCUCUGAUCAGCCUGCUACACUUGAGCUCCAGUGAUCAAGGAGCAUGUUCCUGACUGAUGUUGUGGGAUGGUUUUACACUUUAAAUAAGUGGCAGAAACUCACGUUGAUUUCAAAUCUGUGAACGGUUUGCCUUUAAAUAAAUGGCUGCUGCUUGCAUUGGCGAAUCUGCUGACACUGAUAGGACAGCAGCUGUUUUAUUUAGUAAUGUGCAAUUCAUACAGGAAAACUGAUGAAACAGUAUUCUAGACCUAUUGUCAAUUCUGCACUGGUAAAUAAUUCAAAGCUCGUACUGUUAAAUGUUCUUACAUUUUAUAUAGAUGAUUAUGUUUGAUGUAGAUAUGCAUCAAGUGUAAUUGCAACAUAAAUUAUUUUUUUAUGUGUUUGUCGUAAAUGUAAAGAUGCCUUUGUAUAAAAAUGAAAUGUAAUUUUUGUGAAUGAUAAA